CUGACAGACACACCGCCGGACCAUCAUGGACUGGAUCAGGACAGAGAAACCCGUCUCCGGAUGAGACAGGACGGCCUGGCUUCUGUUUUUUGGGGGGACUCUGCUAUAGAUACGUGGAAUAACCGACAACCUAUUGGGAGAUUUAACCCCGUGCUACCCGUGAUGGAAUAUUUACACUCUUCUCAUUUUCUAAUUUUUCUCCUCUCCUCUUCCUCCUCCUUAUUCUCUUCCUCCACCACUACCACCUCCACCUCCUCUUCUUCAUCCUCUCACAUUUUGACACACUGCUGAAGAUGCGCACGAAUGCGUCUUUUGCGCACUUCCAUUGCGACCGCCACUGACAGCGCCCGUGCUUUAUAACCUUUUUGAAACCUUUAUUUUUUUAAGACAAGAAGAGGAGAGAGGAGGGAAAGAAAGAGAGGGAGAGAGAGAGCGAGGUGUGAAUUGAAUUGAACGCGGUGCUGGUCUCAUGUUUCUCGCCUAGGGCCCGGAUGUACCGAGAGAUGCACCGGUGCGUUUUCCCAACCGGUUCCGCCGAAAGCUCCCUCUUUUUUCUCGCCUUCACCUCCAUCAUGGGGAUUAGGUAAUAUUCACUCCAUCCGAAGAAACCCUCCCCAUAAACAAAAAUAACGGAAUACCCAAGACUGUCCGUGUCAGACAGUUCUUUCUUCUUUCCCCCCCUUUUUUAAUUUCUUUAUUUUGGGGGCUUUUUUUUCCUCGUUAUUUUCCCUCCGCCUCUCCAGCUUUUUCCUCUCUCUCUCUCUUGCAUUCACCUAUAGGGAUAACGCCGGACUACAUUUAUGGUAAAUGAAAGCAAAAACAUGUACAUCCCGGAGGACACCCUUGAGAACCAUCAAGGCUCCGACUACUCUCCCCCGCCACCCCUUCCUCCCCCCGGCCUGACCAACGAGCACAGUGGCGGUGGUAGCCAUGGUGACCAUGGUGGAGGAGGGGGCGGGGUCAACCACGGCGUGGGCGUGGUGGGCCUGGCCCCGGAGCACAUGGCCACACCGGGGGCGGCCCUGAGCUGGCAGGCGGCCAUCGACGCUGCGCGGCAGGCGAAGAUGAUGGGCAAUGCCGCAUCGGGCGGAGGGGCGGGGCUUGGGUCGGGAGGGGGCGGGCCCAUCUCCACGGCCAGCUCCACGCAAAGGAAGAGACAACACUAUAGCUCCAAGCCCAAGAAACAGACAACGACGACAGCCACACGGCCGCCACGGGCCCUACUCUGUCUCACACUCAAGAACCCCAUCCGCAGGGCCUGCAUCAGCAUCGUAGAGUGGAAACCAUUUGAGAUCAUCAUCCUGAUGACCAUUUUCGCCAACUGUGUGGCCUUAGCUGUCUACAUCCCCUUCCCCGAGGAUGACUCGAACGCCACCAACUCCAACCUGGAGCGUGUGGAGUAUCUGUUCCUCAUCAUUUUCACGGUGGAGGCAUUCUUAAAGGUAAUAGCCUACGGCCUGCUCUUCCACCCCAACGCCUACCUGAGGAACGGCUGGAAUCUGCUCGACUUCAUCAUCGUAGUCGUAGGGUUAUUCAGUGCGAUCUUGGAGCAGGCCACCAAGGGGGACGGGGGCACUCCUAUUGGAGGGAAGGCGGCGGGCUUCGAUGUCAAGGCUCUGAGGGCAUUCAGAGUACUCAGACCCCUCAGACUGGUCUCUGGAGUACCCAGUUUACAGGUAGUGUUGAACUCCAUAAUCAAAGCCAUGGUUCCUCUGCUCCAUAUCGCCCUGCUGGUCCUCUUCGUCAUCAUCAUCUAUGCCAUCAUCGGCCUGGAGCUCUUCAUGGGCAAGAUGCACAAGACCUGCAGUCACGAGCAUUCAGGCACAUAUGCGGAGGAAAAGCCGGCACCAUGUGCACCUGACGGAGCUUAUGGUCGACACUGUAAAAACAAUGGGACAGAGUGCAAAAUGGGAUGGGAGGGCCCAAACGACGGCAUCACCAACUUUGACAACUUUGCCUUCGCCAUGCUGACAGUGUUCCAGUGUAUAACCAUGGAGGGCUGGACGGACGUGCUGUACUGGAUGCAGGAUGCUAUGGGCUAUGAGCUGCCAUGGGUCUAUUUUGUCUCUCUCGUCAUCUUCGGCUCCUUUUUCGUUCUCAAUCUCGUUCUGGGGGUGUUGAGCGGAGAGUUUUCCAAGGAAAGAGAGAAGGCCAAGGCACGUGGUGACUUCCAAAAACUCAGAGAAAAACAGCAACUGGAGGAGGACCUCAAGGGCUAUUUAGACUGGAUCACUCAGGCUGAAGACAUUGACCCAGAGAAUGAAGAGGAGGGCAUGGACGACGACAAACCUAGAAACCUGAGCAUGCCAGCCAGUGAGAAUGAAUCAGUCAACACAGACAACGCCCCCGGGGGAGACGUGGAGGGGGAGACCUGCUGUACCCGGCUAGCAAAUAGGAUCUCCAAAUCCAAGUUCAGUCGAUAUUCUCGGAGGUGGAACAGGCUGUGUAGGAGGAAGUGCCGGGCAGCAGUCAAAUCGCAGGUUUUCUAUUGGCUGGUCAUCUUCCUGGUUUUCCUCAACACUCUGACCAUAGCCUCUGAACAUCACCAGCAGCCUCAGUGGUUAACGGAUGUACAAGACAUAGCCAACAAGGUGUUGCUAGCACUCUUCACUGGUGAGAUGCUGUUGAAGAUGUACAGUCUGGGUCUGCAGGCAUACUUUGUUUCACUCUUCAACCGCUUUGACAGCUUCGUAGUAUGUGGAGGAAUUCUUGAGACUAUUCUGGUGGAAACCAAGAUCAUGUCUCCUCUUGGCAUCUCUGUGUUACGUUGUGUACGAUUGCUGCGAAUCUUCAAAAUAACCAGAUACUGGAACUCUCUGUCCAACCUGGUGGCCUCCCUGCUUAACUCUGUCCGCUCCAUCGCUUCCCUGCUGCUCCUGCUCUUCCUGUUCAUUAUCAUCUUCUCACUGCUCGGCAUGCAGCUCUUCGGCGGAAAAUUCAACUUCGACGAGACCCGACGCAGCACCUUCGACAACUUUCCCCAGUCUCUGCUCACUGUGUUUCAGAUCCUAACAGGAGAGGACUGGAACUCUGUGAUGUAUGAUGGUAUCAUGGCGUACGGUGGACCGUCCUUUCCCGGCAUGCUGGUCUGCAUCUACUUCAUCAUCCUCUUCAUCUGUGGAAACUAUAUCCUACUGAAUGUCUUCUUGGCCAUCGCUGUCGACAAUCUGGCAGACGCUGAGAGCCUGACAUCGGCCCAGAAGGAAGAGGAAGAAGAGAAGGAGAGGAAAAAACUGGCCAGGUUGGCCAGUCCAGAGAAGCGCCAUGCCAACGAGAAGCCGCCGAUUGAGGAGGAGAAGAAGGAGAAGAAGGAGAAGAUCGAGCUGAAGUCCAUCACUUCCGAUGGAGAGACCAACACUGGUACUAAGAUUAACAUGGACGACUACUGUGGAGAUGAGAGUGAAGAGAAGAACCCAUAUCCUGCCAAUGAUUACAUCGGAGACGAUGAUGAUGAAGAGCCAGAGAUGCCAGUGGGCCCAAGGCCGCGGCCUCUCUCCGACAUCCAGUUGAAGGAGAAGGCCAUUCCCAUGCCAGAGGCCCGCGCUUUCUUCGUCUUUAGCCACACCAACAAAUUCAGGGUUCUGUGCCAUAAGAUCGUCAACCACAACAUCUUCACCAACCUCAUCCUCUUCUUCAUCCUGCUCAGCAGCAUCAGUCUGGCAGCAGAGGACCCGGUCAAGAACGACUCCUUCAGAAACCAGAUCCUGGGCUAUGCAGACCACGUCUUUACUGGACUCUUCACCAUCGAGAUCAUUCUUAAGAUGACAGCCUAUGGGGCCUUCGUCCACAAAGGUUCAUUCUGUAGAAACUAUUUCAACAUUCUGGACCUGGUGGUGGUCAGCGUGUCCCUCAUCUCCUCUGGAAUACAGUCCAGUGCAAUUAAUGUGGUGAAGAUCCUGAGAGUUCUGCGAGUGCUCAGACCACUGAGGGCCAUAAACAGAGCCAAGGGACUGAAGCAUGUGGUGCAGUGCGUGUUUGUGGCCAUCCGGACCAUCGGCAACAUUGUCAUCGUCACCACGUUGCUCCAGUUCAUGUUCGCCUGUAUUGGAGUACAACUCUUUAAGGGCAAGUUCUUCUCCUGCACGGACACCUCUAAACAAACUCAGGCAGAAUGCAGGGGCUUCUACAUUAUGUAUAAGGAUGGUGAUGUGGGGAAGCCUGAAAGGUCCCAGAGACUUUGGGAGAACAGCGAAUUUAACUUUGAUGACGUCCUGCAAGGCAUGAUGGCUCUGUUUGCCGUGUCGACCUUUGAGGGCUGGCCAGGGUUACUGUACCGGGCCAUAGAUUCUCACGCUGAGGACGUCGGGCCCAUCUACAACUACAGAGUGGUCAUCUCCAUCUUCUUUAUCAUCUACAUCAUCAUCAUCGCCUUCUUCAUGAUGAACAUCUUCGUCGGUUUCGUCAUUGUCACAUUCCAGGAGCAAGGAGAGCAAGAAUAUAAGAACUGUGAGCUGGACAAGAACCAGCGUCAGUGUGUGGAGUAUGCUUUGAAGGCACGUCCGCUGCGUCGCUACAUCCCCAAGAACCCUUACCAGUACAAGGUGUGGUAUGUGGUCAACUCCACCUACUUUGAGUACCUGAUGUUCACACUUAUCCUUCUCAACACCAUCUGUCUGGCCAUGCAGCAUCAUGGACAGACCAAAAGUUUCAACGACGCCAUGAACAUCCUCAACAUGCUUUUCACUGGACUCUUCACUGUGGAGAUGAUUCUUAAACUGAUCGCCUUCAAACCCAGGGGGUACUUUAGUGAUCCCUGGAAUGUGUUUGAUUUCCUCAUCGUAAUUGGCAGCAUAAUAGACGUCAUUCUCAGUGAGAUCAACCCAGCUGACUCCUCCUCGUCCUCCUCCUCCUCCUCUUCCUCCUCUCACCCCCCUGUGGUAAGGCCAAUGGGACUGCAGAACUCUGAAGAGAACGCCAGGAUCUCCAUCACCUUCUUCCGGCUGUUCCGCGUGAUGAGGCUGGUGAAGCUGCUGUCUCGCGGGGAAGGGAUUCGGACCCUGCUGUGGACCUUCAUCAAAUCCUUCCAAGCUCUGCCCUACGUAGCUCUCCUUAUAGUGAUGCUAUUCUUCAUAUACGCUGUCAUCGGCAUGCAGAUGUUUGGUAAGAUAGCGCUGCGGGACAACACGCAGAUCAACAGGAACAACAAUUUCCAGACGUUCCCUCAGGCAGUGCUGCUGCUCUUCAGAUGUGCAACAGGUGAGGCAUGGCAGGAGAUCAUGCUGGCAUGCAAGCCCAAUCGGCCGUGUGAGAAAGGAUCAACCAAUGAGAACAACACGGCCCACGAGGACUGUGGGAGCCACUUUGCCAUCAUUUACUUUGUCAGCUUCUACAUGCUCUGUGCCUUUCUGAUCAUCAACCUGUUUGUGGCCGUCAUCAUGGACAACUUUGACUACCUGACACGUGAUUGGUCGAUCCUGGGGCCACAUCAUCUUGAUGAAUUCAAGAGGAUCUGGGCUGAAUAUGACCCAGAAGCAAAGGGGAGGAUAAAGCACCUGGAUGUGGUGACUCUUCUGCGGAGAAUCCAGCCUCCCCUCGGCUUUGGAAAGCUCUGUCCGCACAGGGUUGCCUGCAAGCGGCUGGUGUCGAUGAACAUGCCUCUGAACAGCGAUGGAACAGUGAUGUUCAACGCCACGCUGUUCGCCCUGGUCAGAACUGCACUCAGGAUCAAGACAGAAGGUAACCUGGAGCAGGCCAAUGAGGAACUGAGGGCAAUAGUAAAGAAGAUAUGGAAGAGAACCAGCAUGAAGCUCUUGGAUCAAGUAGUGCCCCCUGCUGGAGAUGAUGAGGUCACAGUCGGGAAGUUCUACGCCACCUUCCUCAUCCAAGAAUAUUUCCGCAAGUUCAAGAAGAGGAAAGAACAAGGGCUGGUUGCCAAGGUGGCCCCCAAAACUGCCCUCUCUCUGCAGGCGGGCCUGCGGACAUUGCAUGACAUCGGUCCAGAGAUUCGGAGGGCUAUCUCUGGAGACCUGACCGUGGAGGAGGAGCUGGAUAAAGGCCUAAAGGAGCCGGUGUCGGCUGCAUCCGAGGACGAUAUCUUCAGGGUAAAGCGUACGGGUGGGUUGUUCAGCAACCACGUCAACUACUACAACCAGAGCGACGGCCGCGGUUCCUUCCCACAGUCCUUUACUACCCAGCGUCCAUUGCACAUCAGCCAGAAGGGCUCCCCUUGCGAAGGCGAGAGCCCAUCCCAUGAGAAGCUCAUGGACUCCACCACCUUCACCCCUUCCUCUUACUCUUCAUCUGGCUCCAAUGCCAACAUCAACAACGCAAACAACACCGGCAUGGUCGGGGUGACGACCCAGGGCAUCAGUCGAUUCCCAAGCCCGUCCAUAAGCACUGUGGACGGGCACACAGGACAGCCGCUCACCCCAAUCCUGCUGCCAAGAUCUGCGUGGUGCUUUCCUCCAAAGAGGACGUGUUUUUAUGACACCCUCAUGCGCUCGGACUCAAGUGACAGCCGUCUGCCAAUCAUCCGAAGAGGUGAAGGGUCAACGGAGGAGACGUAUGACGAGAGCUACGCCGAUGACAGAGAGGACGACCACUCACUGUCCUCUGACAUGCUGGUGUAUCAUGACGAAACAUGUAAGCAGUUGACUCCCAUGGAGGAAGGAGAGGAGGUAGAAGACAGAAGAGGAGGAGGAGGGUGGCAGUCUCCCAGGAGAGUCUUCCUCUGCCCCACUUCUCUGGUGCGGAGAUCAUCCUUCCAUCUGGAGUGUCUCCGAAGACAGUCGAGGCCAGACGUCUCCCAGAAGACAGCGGUGCCGCUACACCUUGUACAUCAUCAGGCUCUGGCAGUCGCAGGGCUGAGUCCUCUGCUAAGAAGGAGUCACUCACCUACCCUCUUCAGCCGGCUGUGCUCCUCGCCUCCAGGCAGUCCCACAGCUCAAGGCAGCGAUGCCUCCUACCAGCGAGUGCCCUCUCUGAGGUUAGAGGGCUCCAACUCCCAUGAAAAGCUCAAUACCAGCUUGCCCUCUGUCAACUGUGGGCCCUGGUAUAGCGACAGUAAUGGGAACAGCCGGGUGCCCAGUCCUAGCCCCACCCCCAGCAUGUCAGUGUCCAAUCAAAGACCACCACGGCCGGUGUCGCUCACAGUGCCCUCGCUACUGGGAAAAGAUUCCAGCUCACUGUGUCACGGCAGCGCAGGCAGUCUGGUGGAGGCGGUGCUAAUAUCAGAGGGUUUGGGUCAUUUCGCCCAGGACCCGUCGUUCAUCGAGGUGACCAAAGCCGAGUUGGCAGACGCAUGCGACAUGACCAUCGAGGAGAUGGAGCAUGCCGCCAACAACAUUCUCAACGGCAACACCGCCACGAACGCCACAUCCAGCACCUCCUCCACCUCCCAGCACAGCCCCAACGGCAACCUCCUCCCCUUCCAAACAGCAGCAGCAGCAGCAGCAGCACCAACAACGCACAGGGACCGAGCGGUCAGUGAGGGCGGGGAAGAGGCCGGAGGAAGCAGAGGCUCCCUCCACGGACCGUCCUCAGUGGAGGAGCGGCAGGAGCUGCUAGCAGGGGGCAGGGGACGAGAAGAGGAGGAGGAGGAGGAAGAGGUGGGAGGGAGGGAGGAAGGGCAACACAGAAGCUCGGUUGUGAUCGGAGGAGCGCGGCAGAGGAACAGCGGGCUGUUGGAGGACGAGGAUAUGGAGUGUGUGACGAGUUUGUAGGAGUCAGACUGACGGGUUCCAUUGGCCUACUGGCCCCUCUGACAUCAUCAGAGACUGACGCUUGUCAGUGCUGGGUAACAGCGCCGCAGCUGGCUCUGUCUGUCCCCGCCCCUCUCACACACACACACACUGUCUGCCUCUCCGCCAGACGUAACCGCUCUGGACAAUGGCGGCCAGUGACGCAACCUUAAACACCUGGUUAUUGUUGGUUUCUAUGAGUUUGUAUGUGUGUGAAUGUUUGUAGUCAAGUAUACUUCACUAUACUCUAUACUAUCUGAGUGUAUGCUUGUGUGUAUGUGUAUGUGUGUGUAUGUGUGUGUGUGUGUGUGUGUGUGUGUGCGCGUGUGAUUUAUGAUUUUCUCUAUUUGUACGUAUGCCUGAGUGUCUGAGUGUGUCUCUAAAGUGCCUCACAGUUUUUUCAUGUCCUCAAAGUGUGAAGAGCAGAAAAGUAGAGACAAGCAAAAAGAGCGAGGGUAAAGUAGAGGUGAAGGAAAGGCAGAAAGGAAACUACAAAAGCAGGAAGUCCUUAUAUGGAUUUCACUGUCGACAUAGUGUGUUUAUUGUUUUCAUUUCCUACGCCUACUUUGAUGUUGUGUUAUUGUUGUUUGUCUGGCCGCCAUGAAGCCAGGUAGGGGACAGCAGACCAGCUUGUAGGGGGGGUCAGUUAAGGAUUUAAAUCUGACCGCACCCACUUGUGGUCAAAGGUCAACUCCUCCUUCUUGGUUCACUGAUGACGAAGCGCUGUAUUGAGUCAACGGGGGCGAGGAAAACCCUGUUUGAAAUCUCAUUUCUCUUCCUCUUCCAAAGCAAAGGAACCUUGGAGCACAGCCCUGCCAGCCUGGGGGUGGGAUUAAGGUGACACACCACCCCUAGCCAAGGGGGGGAAGGAUUUGAGGGAUGGACCAACAGCCACAACAGGGCUUCUGCAGGGGGCCACGGGCAGAGAGAGACACUCUCUGGCCAAUAGGAAGCUAGCCAGCUCUUUUAUCCGCUGGUUCAUAAAACGCCAGCGAGAGACAAACUCACCUCGUCUGUCACCUUGAACUGGCUUUGCCUCCUCCACCGCUUUUCCUCGUUUGGCCACACCCACUUCCUGCCCCCACACAGGAAAUGGGAGGAGCAUUUGGUGGCUAAGCAGAGACAGCGAGCCCCCUUUUUCUGCCUCAUACCUCGCCGUUCCUCACUCUUCCCUCUCUCCUUCCUCCCUCCUCUUUGGUUAUGCCACCAUCGCUCGGUUUUUUGCUUUUUCAGCCCUCGGGAGGCGAGUGUGUCGAACAGGGCAACAGAGACGGAGGGUGGAGGAGAGAACGGGAGUGACCGAUUGAAAAGAAAACAGACUCUGGGCAUGGAUCUACAGAGGAUCUGUCCGUCAAUCAACCUCACUUCCCUCUCCGAGACCCUCCUCUUCCUCUCAGCGUGGAAUCCUAUUGGAUUUGCUGCCACACACUCUCUCUACAGACCACGCCCACUAUGUAUUUAACAGUUCAAUAUUGUGCAAAACUGGCUAGCCAUGACUAUUUUGUUUUAUAUUCAUGAUGUUAUUGGUUUAAUUUAUCCUUGAUUUGUUUGCACAAUCGGGGUGCUGGUCUUAUAAAUGUAUUUUUGCUCGGUUUAUUUUAGGAGAAUUUUAAGAGGUUUUAAGUAUCGAAGCAGGGCGUAGUGUUUGCGUGCGAGUGUAUAACUAUAUUUGUGCGUGCGGGUGCGUGUCUGCGUUUUAGUACAGAAUGUGUGUAUGUACGAAUGUGUGAGAUAGCGUGUGUAUCUAAAAGGGGGGUCUUUCUCUCUAUCAGUAUGCACCUUUUACAGAUUGUAUCUAUUUAUUUAUUUAUUUUUCCCAGAAGAGAAAAAAAUGUGUGUGAGGAUGUUUGUAUGUGUGCGUGCCUGUGUCCGAGUGGUUACUUAUGUAUUCUAAAAAGCUGAUUUUAAGCCUAGACAGUAAAUUAAGGUAGCAUUACAAGUAUGGUAUUGUGUGUAUGAGGGUGUGUGUGUGUGUGUGUGUGUGUGUGUGUGUGCGUGUGCGUGUGUGUGUGUGAUAAUGGGCCUCCUUAACACAGGGUUACCAUGGACAGGCAUGCUUCCAAAGCUUUGUGAUUUCUUUAGCACGGUUUUUACUUUUUAGCCAAGCUGCAGAGUCAGAAGCCACUCUAUCUUUGAAAAUUAGUCAUCGCAUAACUUUUCUUUAUUUCUCUGUUUAGAGGUAAUUAGGCGUAAGGUCUCCAGCGAGGUCAGACUGACGGUUAAGUUUACAGCGGUGAUGGGUUUCGACAUUGCAGCUUGGCCGGAAGGGAACAAGCCUUUUGGGCAAUUGCUGCUUUUCUUCUUUACGGUGGAUGGUUGCUCUGAACGGUAGAAGCACCAACUUCGCACUGCCACAGUGACACCUCGUGAACGAACCGGGAGGUGACACCCUGAUCGCUCGGCUGUAACACACCAUAAAUCACAUGAUUUCAUCAUUUAAUCGUACUCCAAAUGAACUAUUAGGGCUGGUGUACAGAUGCUGCAAGACUUCUGAUUCACAUCUCUUUGUCUGAGGUCUGCUCAUAUCACAAAACAUUAUGAUUUAUUGUCAUUGUUAGAAAUAAAACAGCUCCCCGUCUGUAAUAUUAUUUACUGGUAAAACUAAUGAUACUACAGACAGGUAAUUCACUGUCAGUUGAUAAGAUGUGAUAAAUUGUUUGGUUAACGUGAAAAAUUGUUGGAUACAGAUGAGAACAGCUUGAAGAGAAGUUGGAUGAUCCUCUGGUGUGAUUCUUAUUUUUGUUUUUUCAUUUUCUUCUAAUGGCUUUUAGGUAGCAUGCUGACAACUUUUUACUGACUCCUCUAUUAAAGUUUGUCUCUGGAUUAUAGUUUGGAUUCACUUGACGUAAGAUAUGUGACCACAGGAUGCCAGAGGCCUCAGUACAUUACACAGGGCACAGGCUGUAUAAAACAGAUUAAUGAUGCGUCUCCACUUCCUCAAAUAAAGCCAAAAUAUCCUGGAUAAAGGCACUGGUGAUGUCAUUUGGAGCCAGUGUGUGUGUGCAUUAGUGAUCGGGUUGGAGCGACGAUAUUGAGUUUCCACCCAUACACCCAUUCAACUCGUGAGUCAAUAACAGCUGUCAAUUAUGACAUCACACCCCCUUUUCAUAGCAUCUAAUAACUAAUUAAAAACAAACUUCUCUGAAAAAUUUGCUCUUGAACAAACAUCAGCAUGAUAGGAACUACCUAACAUGACAGAAACUAUCUUUGGGAAAAAUGUACUCACAUAUAUUUGGAUGUGGCAGUUUUAUGACCUCUAGCACAGCCAGCCACCAGUCGGCAAUCAAGAUGUUUUGGCUUCACUUUUGGGGGACUCUUAUGUAUUUUCUCACAUUGGUAUCGCGUCUUCUCCAAAAAACAUUCUUAAUGUCAGUAUCAGAUGCCAAUUUUCACAUUUAUUGGUAACUUUAUUGUAUUGAAAACUGAAAUAAUUCAACUCAGCUUUCUAAAAUGUUAUGUCACAAGUUAUGCUAGCCACUGGAAAAACAUUAUUGUUGCCACCACAAUCCAGAUGCAAAGUCAACUGGACACUUGGCUGGUAUUAAAAGUUGUUUCUUACCAUUCCAAUGUUCACAUGCAGAUAGAUUUCAAUAUAUCUAGUUGAAAAGGAUUUCAUAAGAAGGCCUGGAGCAUUAAAAAUGGGACGUUUCAACUUCGCUCUAAAGAAAAUCUAAACAAGUCAAAAUAGAUUUUUCACUCUAAAAAUCUCAUUUUAACGAACAUUGAAUUCCCACCCAGAGACACUAUCACAUGUCACCUUAUAGCCAUUAGUUUUUACUUUAAUUUACUAUUAAGGACUAACUGCUGAGCUCUCAUUCCUACAUGUUAAGCAGAGCAGGUUUGUGGCAGGGAAGGGUAUGCAUGAACACACUGCCAUACACUG